AUGGAUCUCAUCCUCGAUAUACUCGACACGUUCCUCUUCGACCAGGUCUACUCGACCCUGCUUCCCGCAUCGGGAGACCCACACAAUGGCAACUACAUCUAUAACCAGGCCAUUUCCGAAUACAUGCCCCUCGAGCCCUCACGAUGGGCAGAACACAGCGCCCUCCAGCGUGACAACAUCUUUCGUCAAACAAUAAGCCUCUUUAUCAUUGCCUGGCUCUUCGGCACCUUUGUCUACCUGACAACCUCAACCCUAAGCUACAUCUUCAUCUUCGACAAAAAAUCCCUCACGCACCCGAAAUUCCUCACGCGCCAGAUCCCCCUCGAACUCCGGACCGCCCUCUCCGCAAUCCCGCUCAUGGCCGCCCUCACCGUCCCCUUCUUCCUCGCCGAAGUCCGCGGCUACUCGAAGCUCUACAGCACCCCAGCCACCGCCCCAUUCCCCCUAUACAAUAUCCUGCAAUACCCGCUCUUCAUCGCCUUCACCGAUUUCUGCAUCUACUGGAUCCACCGCGGCGAGCACCACCCGGCCGUGUACAAGUGGCUGCAUAAGCGGCACCACCGGUGGAUUGUGCCGAGUCCGUAUGCGAGCUUUGCGUUUCAUCCCGUAGACGGGUGGGCGCAGUCUUUGCCGUAUCAUGUGUUCCCGUUCCUUUGCCCGUUGGAGAAGAGGGCUUAUCUGGCGCUCUUUGGGUUUGUGACGGUUUGGACGGUUUUUAUUCACGACGGCGAGUACAUCACCCGCUCGGCGAUCAUCAACGGGUCCGCCUGCCACACGUACCACCACCUGUACUUCAACUACAACUACGGGCAGUUCACGACGCUGUGGGAUCGGUUGGGCGGGAGCUAUCGCGAGCCCGACCCGGAUCUGUUUGAUCCGAAGACGAAGAUGGGGAAGAGGCAGUGGGAGAAGCAGGUGAAGGAGAUGGAGGAGAUUGUUAGGGAGGUUGAGGGGGUUGAUGAGCGGGAGUACCUUUAUGAGAAGGGGGAGGAGGAGGAGGUUGAGAGUGAGGGGGUUGGUAGGGUUGGGGGUAAGGGGAAGGGGAAGAGGGAGUAA